GAGAAAAGCCCUAAACUCAAUGCCUUUCUACCCCGAAGAUUGACCACCUUCUUCCUCUUCAGCCCAGCUCUACAUCAUAUUUACCCCUCGACUCCUCUUCAAAGAGGAGCUGCGAAGAGACAGCCAUGCAACCUAAGAGUCUUCGUCUUCUCUUCUCUAUCAUCACAAGGGAACUGCCAUGUUCGCCGAGGCAUUUGAUCCGGGCUCCUUCUUCUGCACUUUUCAGCACAGAAUCCAACCGAUCUUCGAGAGGCGAGCGGAGAAGGGACGACCGCUCGGAUGAUUUUUUCCUCCGUGAUCUCAACUUUGGGGAUUCAAUCGUCCCGGAGAAAGCAGAUAAGGCUGAUUCGAAGCCGUCGUCCCCGAUUCCCGGCCGUCCUCUUCGCGGCGAACGACGAAUGGAAGGAGACCGAGAAGAUCUCUUCCCCGAUUUUGACAAUAAGCUGCCAAGGAUGAGUAGAGGUCGUUCUAAUAAAUCAUAUUUAACGGGAGAAGGGAGACGAGGAUCUGGCCCAUUUCAGCAAAAGUUCAAGUCUGAUUUUGAAACUAAUGGGGAAAGCUUAGAUUUCUUAAGCCAGAAAGUAUCACCGCACUCAGCUGAGAGAGUCAAGGAAGAAACAAAGAGUAAUGAAUCAAUGCAAAAUGGAGAUCAGAAGCAAAGGGGAGAUCGAAUUGGAGAAAGUCUUUUCCAAAAAUUGAAGCUUGAUUCUCUUUCUGGUCUUGAGAAAGCUGGAGAAGCCGGUACAAAGAAGGCGACCCAAAUUCCAGCCCCCACAGCUUCCCACUCUUCUGAGCCUGAAUUACCCCCAGAAGAUUCCGAUCAAAUAUUUAAGAAGAUGAAGGAGACAGGACUGAUACCUAACGCUGUUGCGAUGCUUGAUGGACUCUGCAAGGAUGGCCUGGUUCAAGAAGCAAUGAAACUGUUUGGGUUAAUGCGCGAGAAGGGAACAAUCCCAGAAAUAGUGAUUUACACUGCGGUUGUGGAAGGGUUUUGCAAAGCCGCAAAAUUUGAUGACGCAAAGAGAGUUUUUAGGAAGAUGCAGAAGAACGAGAUUGCGCCAAAUGCGUUUAGCUACUCGGUUCUGAUUCAAGGUUUAUGCAAAGGGAAGAAGUUAGAGGACGCCGUUGACUUCUGUAUGGAGAUGUUGGAUGCUGGGCACUCUCCAAAUGGGUCAACUUUUACUGGUCUUGUGGAUCUAUACUGUAAAGAGAAAGGCGUCAAGGAAGCUGAAGAGCUUGUGAAGAGUUUGCGCGAGAGAGGUUUUGCUCUUGAUGAGAAGGCCAUUAGAGAGCAUUUAGAUAAGAAGGGCCCUUACUCUCCAAUGGUGUGGGAAGCUAUCUUUGGGAAGAAAAGCUCAAGAAGACCAUUCUGAACAGAAGUAUAAUGUUACCUGUGUAAAUCACAACCUAUUAUCAUUGUUACUGUUGUUCGUCAGUCGCCUAUUGCCGCCCGCCGCCCAUCUCAAUCUUAGCAGCCACCAGUCGCC